AUGCCUGCCACAUUUCGCUUUCUCGUUGCUGCUGCUCUCAAGAUGCGUGACCUUCUAACCCGUCUGCCUUUUCAGCACGCUGCCGAGGAUGUCGCGCUCGAUGCCAAGAAGCCACGACGGUCAGAGCGGCUUUCCCAGCGAGUCGACUCGACCGAUGAUCUUGACAGCUCGUCGGCAGUCAAACCGACGGCCGCAUCGACAGCCGCAGUUGCUGCGAAGCCUGUGCAUCCAAAGACUCCCGUCUCGAGCCGCUAUCAGGUGCCCACGCCCCUGACCCUGCUCGCCACGGACGAAGCGUCCGACCAGCAGUCCAAGGAACCGACGGCCUCUCCGCCCGAAGGCCGUCCCAGCCAGGUGGCACCGCGCGGCGCAACCAACGGCGAUGUAGCCGGCAACGAUGCCACCGGCUCGUUCUCGUCGCCGCCCCAGGACACACAGGUGUUUCCGUCACAGAACGUCGACCCCAACUCGGCGCUCUCGGAAGAGGUCAAGGACGAGGUCAAGGAGGGCGUCUGGGGCUACCUGUUUCCGCUGGGGACACAUUACGGCAAUCAGAGCCUCGUGCUGAGGCGUCGCAUGGCCUGUCCAGACGAUGCGCCAUCGGCCUCGUCGGCCUCUUCGGCAGCCGCACCGAACAAGAAGGGCAAGAAGAAGGCGGCCAAGGACGAGGAAAAGAGUGCACAUGCGGGCGGCUACUUGAUAGGGCGGCACCCCGAGUGCGAUCUCAUGCUGGGCGACCCGAUCGUUUCGAACCGCCACUGCCUCAUCUUUGCCGAGCACAAGGGCACCGACACGGUGGCCGUGCUGGAGGACUUGUCGGCCAACGGCACGUUUGUCAACGAGGCGCUGGUGGGCCGCAACCAGCGGCGCGAGCUGCAGGAGAACGACGAGAUCGCCGUGCUCGACCGGGCGCGCUUUGUGUUCCGGUAUCCGCGCAGCCGAACAACCGGCGCCUUCCACCAGCAGUUCACGCUGCAGCAGAAAUUGGGCAAAGGCCACUUUGCCGAAGUGUUUCUGUGCGUGGAAAAGGCGACGGGCCAGCGCUAUGCCGUCAAGAUCUUCACCAUGCCGCCCGGCUUGGAUGACCGGUCCAAGCUGGAGGGCCUGCAGCAGGAGAUUGCCGUGCUGAUGGGCGUCAGCCACCCCAACGUGCUCUGUCUCAAAGACACCUUUCACGAGAAGGGGUCGGUGUACCUGGUGCUGGAACUCGCCCCCGAGGGCGAGUUGUUCAACUACAUUGUCAUGCAUCAGAAGCUGACUGAGGAGGACGCCCGCAAGCUGUUCCGGCAGCUCUUUGCCGGCGUCAAGUACCUGCACGAACGCAACAUUGUGCAUCGCGACAUCAAGCCGGAGAACAUCUUGCUGGUCGACCACGACCUGCACGUCAAGCUGGCCGACUUUGGCCUGGCCAAGAUCAUCGGCGAAGAGUCCUUCACCACCACGCUCUGCGGCACGCCCAGCUACGUCGCUCCCGAGAUCCUGGCCGACAGCCGCCACCGCAAGUACACAAAGGCCGUCGAUAUCUGGUCGCUGGGCGUUGUCCUGUACAUCUGUCUGUGCGGCUUCCCACCCUUUUCUGACGAGCUGUACUCGCGCGACUUUCCCUACUCCAUGACCCAGCAGAUCCGCGCCGGCCGCUUCAACUAUCCGUCGCCCUAUUGGGAUUCCGUCGGCGACCCGGCAUUGGACCUCAUCGACUGCAUGCUGAUGGUCGACCCGGCACAGCGCUUCACUGUCGAACAGUGCCUGGCCCACCCGUGGAUGACCUCGUCGACGCCGAGUCUGACCGAUAGCACGGACGGCCUGGUUGGCGGCGUGGCCGGGCUGCAGGUGAAUCGGCGCGGCGGCGUCGCCGGUCUGGCCCGCGAGCGCACGCUGCUGAGCGUGGCCAACUGCGUCAAGGUGGCCGAAGAGGUCGCCCGGGUCCCAGCCUCGGGCACCCAGGCGCAGCAACCGCCGAUCAAGAUCUUCACCAAGAGCAACAAACCAGCCGACAAAGACAAGCGGGAAGCCCGUCCGGCCGACUUCCAGGACGCCGGCGCCUUUAUGGAACACGGCGACCGCGGCGAUCCGGCCCUGUUUGACGACGACAGCAUCGCCACCAGCACCAUCGCCAAGACCGACAUCGGCUCGCCGGCCAAGGACAAGCCCAAGUCCAAGGGCAAGGCCAAAGGCAAGGCGCGUUAG